GGAGGCUGGGAAGGCGCGCGGGGCUUGAAAAUCGCCUUUACUGUUUCCCGCGCUGCGCAGCCGGCGCUCUUCUUGCUUAGUGGACGGAGCCGGUCCGGUCCGCCGUCGCUGUCAACGGGCGCUUCCUCCUCGGUGCUGAAGGUCCCGGGGCCGGAAUAGGUAGGAGCUUAGCGGUGGCCGCAGAGGGGGUCGGCUGUACGUUUAUAAACUCCCCACGAGGGUCGAGUGGGCGAGCCUAAUUGGUACCGUUUUCAGAGGGAUACCCUGCCAAUGGGUCGUGGAGUGGGUGCGUGGGCGGAAUCCAAUAUACUUGGAUGCACGAUCUUGGCUCUCCCACUCCGCACACAAAGGGUAGUGUGUUUGUUGUUUGUUUUGUUUGUUUAGGCCCCGAACAAGGAUGCACAGACUUCAAACUUGCCGAAUCUACUUCGAUUAUUAUUAUUAUUAUUAUUAUUAUCAUUUUAUUAGAACCCGGAGAGCUGCCAACCGAAGCCUAGUGCAAAACACAAAAACAUAUAUACAUGCUACUCUGAACCCAGUGUUUUGUUUUGAGCACCGGAACUGAACGGAGCUCACAGUCCUUCAGUAUAAAAAUCCACUCCUGAUUACCCCAAGCAUUAUUCAUUUCAGCAGUAUAUUUUUGGGGCGAUGUAAUCACUUCGUGUCUGCGUGGGAAAUCCUUGCUGCUCAGUUGCAAAUCACCAAAAUCAGUCAGUAGUUCCCACCAGCUCACUCCUGGAUUACAAUGUAUAAAUAAGAUUAUAAUCUCCUCUGCUCUUGCAGCUAGAAGGGCUUGCUGCCUGAUUCAGCUUGUUUACUUGGAAGCAAGCCCCACUGAACUUAAUAGUGUGAUUUGGACUGUGGGGGGAAAAUCCCACUAUCCUGAUCCGGUUAAAUGGGUUUCUUUAUAUUCAUUGAUUUCAAUUAGCACAUGACUUGCAGUAUUGUACUUAAAAGGUGCAAUCUUUUAUGUGAAAUUACAUGGAGGGGAGGGGGGAGUGGAAGAGCUCUGCCAUCCAACCUUUAUGUAAGUGCUUCCCGCCAAAACAAUUGUGUUGUGAAAAUGAACAUGAGUUACUAGUCCUCUGCAUUUUUGUGGAUCAAGUUCGACAUUGGAUAUUAACAUCCUAGGAUUUAGGGGCAAGGGGUUUGAACGGCCAGAUUUUCAGUUACUAAGUCUUUGGUAGAAGGGGUUCUGGGUAUGCCAACUCAGCAGCUACUAGAAUCUCUUGAUUCUUUCCCUGAGUUUGUUUUAAUAAAAAUUUCCCCAUUCAGGUCAGAUGGGAUCUUACACAUUGUGUAGAACAGGGAGAGAUGGAAAGAUGUGGAUUGGUGAACAUCAGAUUUUGUUUCACUUGUGGCUCAUAACAUUCAUUCCGAAGACUGUUUCAAACAUCACAAAAUCAUUAAAUGAACAGCUGUUCUAUACGGCACUGAGUAUAGAAAAUCACAUGUAUUUUGCAGUGUGUAUGCAUGUUAGGAAGUCACUGUAGAUAGCAGCUUCCAAUGUGAGUUUAUGUUGCCCAUAUAUACACAAUGGAGGGGGGAGCAGUCAUCAUAAGCUCAACCUAACCUCUCUGUACCAAUGAUGAAGCUUGCACACAAAUUUAUUUAUGCAGGUAUUUUGUAUCAUUUGAACUGUCCCUUGAAUGAAAAACAUAGGGUAACUAUACAAAAUUCCUGGCAGGUAACUGUAACUCUAGGAUCUCUUACAUUGGGGUCAGAAUUGAGUAUUUUAGCCAUGCUCAACCAUUUCAUCUCUUGGUGGUUUCAUGCUGAUGUUUGGUUUAGUUGCAAAGUGUUGUUUUGCUUUUGUUUCUCAAGGAUUGAGGUUGUAUUGACUUUGUUUCCUUCCUAGUUUCCUAGAUUUGACUUCGGAACAAUGGGGAUCCAAGGUUUGCUCCAAUUUAUCAAAGAGGCUGCCGAAUCUGCUCAUGUAAAGAAGUACAAAGGACAAGUAGUUGCUGUGGAUACUUACUGCUGGCUCCACAAAGGAGCCUAUGCAUGUGCUGAAAAGCUAGCCAAAGGAGAACCCACAGAUCAGUAAGUUUAAAGCAAUUUGACGGACAGAAUGGGUGUUAAUGGGUUGUUGUUGUUGUUGUUAUAUAUACGUAUUGUGGCUUUUAUGUUGAUCUUUCCUGACACCUCCGGGUAUAGGGCAGUAUAUACUGUAUUGGCCUGAAUAUAAGCCUCACUUUCCCCCAUAUUCUGACUGAGAAAAGUUAACGUGUGGCUUAAUUUCGCAACCUUACAAAAAAUGGCUUUUUUACGAUAUCGCUGCUGAAACAGACAUACGGUAAAAUGGAACGGGUGUGAGUGCCUGCGGAAUUUUAAGGGAGCGGCUUAUAUUCGGGCCAAUGCGGUAAUUCAAUAAAUAAUAAUAAAUAAUAAAAUAGGGGAAGUAUUUCCUGUAAAAGAGUGGUGCCAAACUUUUUUGGGGUUGAGAACUAUAUUCACCCUUGACCGAUCCUUUCGUGGUUACAUGUGGGUGAGGCCCCCACGCCCAGGAAUGUAUGGGACACAUAGCACCCCACUCCAGCUGAAGCAUGCAAAUGUUGUUGCUCCUUCCCCUACUUGAUAUGAUGAGAUCACAAUGACUGUAGAGAGCAAUUGCUACCCCCAUUCGGGUUGCUGGGCUAGGCAGAGUGACUUGUUAUUUAUUUAAAGCAAUUGUUAUCCCACUGUUCAGCACAAAAAAGGCUCCCACAGUGCAGCUCAUAAAUGUCAGUGAUAAGACCAAUCUACAGGACACUACAGAAAAGGGAAAGGGAAGACUAGGGUUUUUUUGUGGUGAGCAGAAAAAAUUGCAUGGUGAACUGGAUCAGGCCCCCAGGCCAGGGGCUAGCCCCCCGCCCUCUUUGCUGUAAGACAUAUUUAAUUCACACGAGAGAUUAAUUGGCUUUGUUGUUUUUUUAUUUUUAAAAAUAUCUAUUAACCACACUUUCGUAUAAAAUGACACAAGGCGGUAUAAAGCCUAUAAACACAGUACUACAAUAAAAACAACUUUAAAUGUCAAACAGAUCAGUUAAAAGCUGUUUGGCAAAGAAUCUCUAAUUGGAGAGUUAUGUCUUAAUACAGUGGUACCUUGGGUUAAGAACUUAAUUCAUUCUGGAGGUCCGUUCUUAACCUGAAACUGUUCUUAACCUGAAGCACCACUUUAGCUAAUGGGGCCUUCCACUGCUGCUGCCGUGCCGCCGCCGCUUGAUUUCUGUUCUCAUCCUGAAGCAAAGUUCUUAACCUGAGGUACUAUUUCUGGGUUAGUGGAGUCUGUAACCUGGAGUGUCUGUAACCUGAAACGUCUGUAACCUGAGGUAUCACUGUAAUACAGUUUUUAGAAGACAGUUUUGACUUGCAGUCUUUUAUUUGAUGUGUAAUGCUCAGUGGAAAAAUAUAUGUGGAAAAUACUGCCACUAACAGAUCUCGUAAUCAAUUAGCAACAGUCGACAAGAAAAAUAGGAAAAGUACAUAAUGUGCUAUCCAAUGCAUAAAUUAAAUUAAAAGGAAUAAUAUUAAUUUGUGGUUGUGUUUUAAGUUGCUUAUGACUGCUGCAGGCUACUUAAACCCCAUUUAAUCAAUAGAAUGUAAACAGCUGGCACUCAGGAUUGCAGCUAAAAUGAAAGCAGCCUGAAAAAUGGAAAUCUCUAUGAUCAUCUUUGGCCACUGAUACCCAUAAGUUUAUAUGUAAGAUGAAAUGAUGACUGUUCCUGUUCUAUAUAUGUUUAAUAUAAUUACCAUUACUGUUUUUGCAACUAAGUUCACAUCAUUAAUUUCUGUUGGCUAAGUACUGUAUUAGGCAUGGAAUUGUUACCUUUUUAUCCCAGCUUUCCUCUAAAGAGCUCAAGGCAGUGAACUUGGUUCUUCCUCACCGCAUCGUAUCCUCACAACAAAACUGAAAGAGGCUCUGUGUCACUCAAUGAGCUUCAUGGCUGACUGGGGAUUUGAACCUUUGUCUUGCAGUUCCUAGUCCACCGCUCUAGCCAUUAUGCCACGUUAACUCUCCUUGGAUGCUGUGGUAUCAAGGUAUCUUAAUCUUGUGGACAUUUUGGUAUUGCAAAGCUAAGUGUGCCUUGACUCUUUAUAAUUAAAUUUCCCCUAGCAGUUUACAUUUUAGGAUUAAGGUGAACAUUUCCUGAUAUAUGGCAACUGUGUUUCUUUCUACAGAUACGUAGCUUAUUGCAUGAAGCUUGCUGAUAUGCUUCUGUCAUUUGGGGUCAAACCCAUUCUAGUAUUUGAUGGCUGUACCCUGCCUUCUAAAAAGCAAGUUGAAAAGUCACGACGAGAGUAAGUCUUAUGCCUCCCCACCCCCAUUAGAAAUUCAAAUUGGUAAUUUGCAGGAUAUGUGUGCUUUAAAGACAGUAGCUUCCACAUGAAAACAAUUCAGAUGUUAUCAUAAUGAGAGCAGAAUUUAGAAAGCAAUGCAGUGUUGAAAUCUAAACAGACUUCCGUAAUGCUGCAAUGUGGCAUAUGAUCCUGUCAACAAUAACAUUAGCUAAAUUUGCAAAACCUCUCAGUACUGAACACAUCCUACAACCAUCUCAAUAGCGAACACAUUCAGCUUUGACAAAAGUCAACAAAUAGAACUUCUACUCCUGUAUCACAGACUUUCCUUCUCCCUGAAAAGCUACUCCAGAAAGUCCCUGAACCUGCUGGAACAGGUAUAGCAUGAGGCACUGCUUUUGGGAGUGGAAAUUGAACUUAACAAAGUACAGCCAUACCUUGGUUUUCAAAUUUAAUCCAUUCCGGGAGUCCGUUCGACUUGCGGAACAGUUAGAAAACCAAGGCGUGGAUUCCAAUUGGAAAAUCAUUUGAAAACCGGAACAAUCACUUUUGGUUUUCAAUUGUUUGGGAGCCGAAAUGUUCGAGUUCAAAGGCUUCCGAGGUUCCACUGUACUUAGGCACAGUCACAGAAAACUUGCACCCUAGUUAAAACAGUGGGAUGGUAUUCUAGUAACAGUUUCAGUAGAUGAAAGUGCAGUGAAAUGCUUAUGUUCCAUUUCUUUCAAUGGGGACUUCCUUCCUAAGGUUUACACAAUAUAUUUUAUAUAUUUAUGCUUCUUCUUUUUACAUCUGGCUUUCAAGCUCUUACAUAGUAGACUCAGACACCGUAGUUCAGGCAUUAAUAACCCUGAGGGCAUAAAGUGUAAAGGGAAAUGCUCCCACAGUCCCCACUCAGUCCAUCCUGACCUUCCCAUGCCUGGGGGUAGGGGAGACUUCUAAGCAAGCCUUAGAUCAGGAACCCUAAGAACACAGGUUUCCUGAUCAUAUAAUCGCUCAACAUAGGAAGUUGAAACACACAGCAACAUUGAGUGUCUAGGUUGUGUGUGCCUCCUCCAAGGCACUGCCCUCAUGUUUUCUUUGAAAUGCUCAAAUAGGGUUUAUGCACAUGUCUCCCAUGUGUAUUGCAAUGCUGGUGCUGUCCACCUGUUCAGUUAUGGUUGUGUGACACUGAGACGAUGGGUUUGUUUUUGUUAUCUUGAAGAAAACGGCAAGCAAACCUCCUGAAAGGGAAACAGCUGCUUCGUGAAGGGAAAUUAUCAGAAGCCAGAGAAUGUUUUGCACGUAGCAUUAAUGUUACGCAUGCUAUGGCCUGUGAAGUGAUUAAAGUAAGUCGCCUUUUAGCUGGUAGGUUGUUGCUGCUCUCCCAUUUUAUAUUUAUUGGCAGAAUAACUGCAUUUCUUAUAACCCUGAUGUUUGCAUAAUACAGGCUUUGCAGAAGGGAUAGUGACUCAGAGUUUGCAGUGUUUGUUUAUUCAACCAUUUGCUGUAGUUAGUAUUUGAGUAAUAGGAGAUAUGCAAUUAUAUAUUUUAUAUAUAAAUUAGGAGAGAGAGAUAUUUCUCCUAUUUCUCAUUGAAGGAGCAAACCCAUGUCAGGGCUGCACCAUUUCAGACUGCGGAUGAGGGCUCAUAAUAACUGCAUUGUUCCCUGUACUCUUUCCCCACCAACACCACCAAAGAUAAGUUGUUUCGAUUAAAGUAGCCUGGAGACCUUCAAUGUGAUGCAUCUUGUUAGGUUGUGGGCGAACAUAUCAGACGACACAGCGAUUCUUCAAACAGUUCUUGUUUAUUCAGAGGCAGAACAGAACUGAACUGAAGGGCUCAGUCAGCCUGCUUAUAUAGAGCUCCAGUACAACAGUUAUUGUAGCAACUUUCUAAAACUAUCCAAUCACUGAACGUCACUUUCGAUCCUUCAUUUGCAUAACUAUCUACAGUAUCCCUCUGCUGGCCCAGGGUGAGAACUUCAGUACAUAACACAUCUCUUUUCCUUUGAAGCAGGAAUUAUAUUUGUAUUGAGAAGCAUUCAUAUUAUAUAACUCUACAGCUGCAAUCUAAAGUGUUACUGUGUGGAAACUGUUUACCAACUCAGCGAUCAAUGAGCCUAAAUGCAGUUCUUUGUAUGGAAACUUAUUCCACGCAAAAAUCCUAAAUUCCGCACCUAGGAGAACUUCAGGUGGUCAGGAGAGGCAACUAGGACCAUGCGGGGAAGAACUAGGGACUAGGCCAACUGGGGAGGGAGUGUCACUUGUAAAGCACUAUAAUGGGGGCUUGAAUUGUUUUUUUGCAGGCUGCCCGAGCCCGGGGAAUAGAUUGCAUUGUUGCUCCAUAUGAAGCGGAUGCUCAGCUCGCCUAUCUUAACAAGACUGGCUUAGUUGAAGCUAUAAUUACAGAGGAUUCUGAUCUUCUUGCUUUUGGAUGUAAAAAGGUAGGAAAGAGCUAGUAAUUCGUUUCUAAAAAGGACAGCACCAGGCCUCAGCUAUGCAUGGAAACCCAGCCCUCUAAUCAUUCAUUUAUUCAUUCAUUCAUUUAUUUAUUUAUAUUAUAAAGUCUUUUAUUGCAGCCCUUGAGAAACAGGAGCCAGACUCUGGUGCUUAAGACCUCUCCAAAGGCGGCAAAAGGGGGCCUUAUCAGAGAGGCUUCAUUUGACAAGGUCCUUCAAGUACUUCCAUCCAUUCUGGGUAUAUUCACAGGCCCUGGUGGGGGCUACAGAGAGAGCGCCUAUUGUCCUCCGAACCCCUGAGUUCCAGUAGCUGCAGAGAGAGAAUUCAGUCUUUGGGACAGCCGGAAGCUUCCAGCCAAACUAUUUUGCCCGUUCUUCCACAGCUGGGGGGAGCACUUCUUGGGCUUUUCAGAGGGCUCGGGCCCCUCGUCGCCCCACUCAGCAAACCUUGGCUGUAAACCACGUAGAUGGCCCGCCGCCCCACCAGGCCGCCUUUGACCAGGAACUUGACAAUGGGGAAGAUGUGGGGAGCCAUGACUGAGCGACGUCUUCGCACGUAGCGCAGGGCCCCCCUCUAAUCCUAUAUGACCCAGGGCAGGCAUUGUUCUGUGAGUGUGCAGUGAGGCAUGAAGCUCCUGCUUAAAAAUCCUCCCCAGCUAUGAAUUUGCAUGGGGACCUUAGGUCAGUAUCUGUCAGUGUUGGCCUCUCCUUCCUCCAUCUGGAGUAUAUGGGGAAUAAUAUUGGUCUCCUGAGAGGCCCUGAUUGCUGAGAAUAACGUAAGCGAAGGUCUUUGCACAUUCAAAAAAAUGCCAUAUAAAUGCUAAGUAUUACUGACGUUAGGCAGACUGUGACCGCUGGACAGAAUUAGACAAUGUCUGUAUGGGGGAACGGGAUUGCUGGGUUUGCAAACGUCACAGAGACGCAACAGGUAUGUAAUAGAAAAUGCAAAAUUGUAUCGCUUAUUGAUGAAAAAUUGUAGUGUAAAAUAUACAAGAAGUUUAUAUGCUGAUGAUUGGGAAAGAAUUCCAUGUUUGGCCACCAUUUGUAGAAAUAGUACAGUAAUACAAGGACUUGUCCGUUAUUUUGUUUUAAGGUAUUUCUGAAAAUUGACAAGUGUGGAAAUGGCUUAGAAAUUGACCAGACUCGGCUUGGAAUGUGCAAACAACUUGGUGAUGUGUUUACAGAAGAGAAAUUCCGUUACAUGUGUAUUCUGUCUGGUUGUGACUACCUUCCGUCUCUUCACGGUAUUGGAUUAGGCAAGGCUUGCAGGCUGAUAAAAAUAGCCAAUAACCCUGAUAUUAUAAAGGUAACGUUUAUUGGCUCUUGAGUUAACUUUAUGUUUUCCAAAAGCUCUACAGAUAGUGAGGCCAACUCUGGAGAGGAGGAAUUCUGGGGAAAGUACUCGACUGAGUUAUUAUGUAGAUACCUGUCAAAAGAAAUUUGUUCUGCUGUUCACGUAAAUUGGGGAAAACAGUUAAGCAAUAAUAUGUAUGUUGCGUGUUGACUAAAGCUUAACUCUUCCUUGUUACAUUUACAUAUAGGAUCUUUCCAAAUAAGUCCAUUUGGGUGAGAUACAAAUACAUAUUUUGGUUUUAAUAAUUGUAAAUGAGCCAAGAUUCGAAGCAGCCCUAGACUUUAACUAUAUACAAGCUUUGUCAUUAUUAAAUGAUUUAUCAUUAUUUUCAUACUGGCAAAUGUAAAAGGCCACAGUCCAAACUCUUGUUUCAGAAAUCAUGCCUACUCCUCAGCUUUCCAGGAUGAUUUUUUGUUUGUUUGUUUGCUGUACUAUUUGAAGAUAGGGAGAAUAAAGACAGAAAAUAAUAUUUGGUCCAAAUUUCCAGUGUAUGUCACUCACUCUGAAAAGAUACUUGGGACUUUGGGGAAAUAUCAGAUCUGUUUGUUUUUUUAAAAAAAGGAAGUUUGACAAAGGUCUUAAAACAUUACUCGUCUGCCCCAUGCCUCUUUUCAAUAACCAUUUCAGCUUUGGAGUACAUACUAGACAAUGCUUUUAGAGUGACAAAACAAUGAGCGUAGAUCCCAAUUCUGUGAAUGCAGCAGGGUUUCUGAUCCUUCCUUUUCCUGGUGCAACUGCUGAAAAUCUGCUCUCGGAGUUUGAGGGAACCUUGGAAAUGGUGUGAGGGUUGGCAUAGGGAAGGAAGUAUUGGUGGACAUUGUCCUCCCUGUUACAUGAAUGGAGAAGCAACAAAGGGUCCAAUCCGUUGUUCCUGCUGUCUCGCAAGUAUGCUGUGCGUUGCAUAACAUGACCUUUUCUCUUCCAGGUCAUUCGGAAAAUGGGGCAGUAUUUGAAGAUGAAUAUUUUGGUACCAGAAGAAUACAUACAAGGAUUUACUCGUGCUAAUAAUACUUUCCUCUAUCAGUUGGUUUUUGACCCAGUCAGGAGACAGCUUGUUCCUUUGAAUGCUUACGAAGAUGGUGUUGAUCCAGAAACACUGCUUUAUGCAGGAAAGUAUCCUUUAUCGAAUAAAAAUAAUAAUGUCUUUAUAGUCUCUUCCUUUCAUGGGGUCUCUGGGAUGCCUGGCAAAGUUAAGCAUUUCUGAGGCUGUGGUCCUGUGCAUACUUACUUGGAAGUAAGCCCUACAAAGCUUGAGACCUUUUGCUGCAGGGUUAAAUAUGCCUCGGAUAUGGGUAUAAGUACCAACAAUAACAGAGUUAAGAUCAUGCGUAGAAAUCUGUGGAACUUAUAAACUCCUUAAAUUUGACUUACUGGUGCUAGUUGUUGCUCCAUUGGAAAAAAAUGGGUGCCUUUAAGUAUGUUUAAAAUAUGCAGGAAUGUAAUGUAGACCUUCCUUCGCAUUGUUCAAGUCAAUUUUGCAAGGAAAACUAGCUGUUUAAUGGCUUUCCAACAUUGAAUAAAGUUUGAUAAAAGUGAACUAUCGAGUGGGCCAUCUGAUCUCUUGCCUAAAUGUAGAAAUUCUUACAAGUGGUUUUUCAUUCAUCCAAUAGUUCUUAAAAUCUCAGUUAAAAGGUCCUAAACUACCAUAAUUUUAAGAAGGCUUUCUAAGCUGUUUAGCACCUCCAUCAUCCAUUAUAAAAAUGGUGGCUAUCUUGAAAUCUUCAAUUAUCAUGCACUCUUUUACUAUAAAACAGAACAUAACUGUUGUUUCUAAGCCAGUUCAUUUCAUAGAUUCAGUUUAGCACCUCUUCUUUCCUUUGGGAGAAGGCUAAACUUAUAUAAACAGUAAUGCUGCUUCAAAUACCUCAGGCGGCUACAAAACUAUUGCCUACUAGAAUGACGGCUCCUACUCUUAGCACAGAGUCUUCCAGGGAUAAAGUUAAGAAGAGCUAAUUCUGAUGUAAAGCUUUAAUAUCUUGGCUAAGCUGUUGUGCAAAGUGGUUAGGAGGCAUUCAUCCAUUCAAAGAAGAAGAUGUAGAAUUUAGUUUUGAUUAUAUAGAGGCUAAAUCUCUUUAUAAAACACCGCUUUCAAGAAAAAAAGCAUCAAUAGAAGAACUGCAUUUCCCCCUUAAUUUGAUUAACUUAGGCACAUCGGUGAUAGCGCUGCUUUUCAAAUAGCACUUGGAAAUAAAGACAUCAAUACCAUGGAGCAAAUUGAUGACUACGACCCUGAUGCUCAACAGGUAGUGUUUUACUUCUAAAUGCCACAUCACCUUUAGAGACUAUGUGAGGAAUGUGAAGUUGCAUGUUGGCCUGUGGUUGCACGCUCAAAGGCAGGCAUCCCCAAACUCGGCCCUCCAGUUGUUUUGGGACUACAAUUCCCAUCAUCCCUGACCACUGGUCCUGUUAGCUAGGGAUGAUGGGAGCUGCAGUCCCCAAAACAGCUGGAGGGCCAAGUUGGGGGAUGCCUGCUCAAAGGACUGCUGCCUGGAUGACCCAAAGCCGACCUAAUACAUCAACACUUCCUCCUCUUCCCAUGGGGAUAAGAGGUGUAUGAGGUAACAGGAAGAGCAGUGUUGCUUUCUAACCACUUGUUGGCUUGAUUAUGUCCCUGGAUUGUUCCUCCCACACUGGCCAAUGGCCAGCAGUAGAUCGAUGGAACAGAAUUGAAGAACGAUCAAAUUAUUUGCAUCGUUUUUAACAAUCUCAAGAGAAACAGGCUCCAGUCAUUCUUUCCUCUAUUAUACAUCUUCUUGUUUCCUUUUCCUAUAGUCUGUACAGCCCAGAAGUCGUGGCUGGGACGACAAAUAUGCCAAAGAGCAGCCACCCAAUUUAAAGAGCAUUUGGAGCAGAGACUACAAACCUGGUUCCACUGCCAAGAUUACAACAAAUUCAGCCUCAGUGUUGGAGAAACCCACAACCAGAGGCCUGGAGCGACUAGUUAACAUGAAAGGGCUGAAGCUUCCCAGCAAAGCGCAAUUGGCAAAAAGACCAAGGCAUGGUAUGAUAGCUAAAUCUCUAAAGAGAUUGUAUGUGAAAAAGAAAACCUUCCUCUUACUCUAAAAUGUUCUCGAAGGCUUAAGACAUGAAAGCUUUCCCCUCAUAACAUAUUUAUUUUGUUUAUCCCUUUCUAUAAACACUUUGAAGGAAUAGGAUUCUUUAGCAUAGAGAAUCCAAUCAAUUUAACAAUAGUUGGUAUAUAUUUAUAAUAUCCCAUUUUUGCAUAGCAAUCCAAUUUUCUGCUGCUGCAAACUCAUGUAUUAAUGUAAUAUUUGGUGUCUUAGCGUUUGUUUCUUCUACACUGAAAGGGAAUCAAAUUAAGAUCAAUAUAUCUACAUUUCUUAAUGGUUUUCUUUAGUUUUUUUUUCAAAAAAAUAUUCCUUACAGUCUUUUUCUGUUGUGACCCAAUUACAAUGUGUAUUUUUCAUAUAUAUGUUUAGAAGAGCUGUCAGAAGGUGACCUGCUAAGCCAGUAUUUUUCAAACACCAAAAAACCUAAGAUGGAAAGCAGUGAAGAUGGUGAGCAUCCUGCGUUUGUUGGUGCAGUGUCUGCGAUUGCUGCUUCAGAGGACUCUUGCAGAGACAAAGAAAGUUCAAGCUCCCAUCCUAGGCUUAGAAAUAAAUUUGCCUUCAUCUUGCGGAAGAAGAAUGAAGAGAGUGAUGCAGUUGUUGUUGUUCCGGGGACUAGAAGCAGGUAUGCUUUCUUCAAGUUCAGUAUGUAAAAAGUUACAUUCUUGGGGAAUUUGACUCUGCAGUUUCCCUUCAUUACAAAAAGUAGAAGUGGCAUACUCAAAAGCAAAAUAUAAUAUAAAAAUAUAUAAUAUAUUCAGCACACUAGGCUACCUUCUAAAAGACCCUAGGGGACACGUCAGAGAAAGUGACACAAUAAAUCUAGUUGGCAAAGUCUUUGGUUCCUUUGAAAAACUAUUCACAUGUAAAUAAGCAGUUACCUUUACAUGCUCAUAAAUUAGAACAUGUACAGUACUAGAAUUUGGAUUGAUUUGCUUUUUCAUAUAUUUUUCCCCCCGAAGGGAAGCUGAACAAGGGCAGGAUGAAUCAUAAUCUGGUCAGAGCAGCCUCUAGACCAGCUUUACAUAUAAAAUCCUCUUUUUAAAAAUUGACUUAGGAGUUAACAACACACAAACGAAUGUGACGUAAAUUGCCUGAGGAGCAAUAUUAAACUGGCAUCUGAAAGUCAAAGUCAAAAUUAACAGUGUGCAGAAGCUUUAAUCUGAUGGCCUCUUGAGACCCUUCCCAACUCAAAUUAGUCAAAACACACUGUAAUAUCAACUGGGGAGGAGGGUGUGUCAGUAAGAGAUUGGCAGGUCAGGUGAAGGGUGGAUUUCUACAUCUUUGCACCACCCAAGUCCCCAGUGAUUUUACAUUCUCGUUCUGCAUGUCCCACUCCUCCCAUACAAAGCAAAAUUGAACAUGAAAGUUUGCUCUUGGGAAGUACCGUACAUGGAAAAUAAUUCCUUUGGAUGCAUGCCUACAUACAAAAAGAAAAGAAAAGAAAGAUCCCAGCACAUUCUAGAUAAGUGCAAAUCAUUUGGAGAAGACAUGGGAACCUCCUGGUGUUUUCAGCAAAAAAACCCUUUUCUUUAAGGUUGAGAGAGUGAUUGGAGAUUACUCAGCUUUCCUUUUCCCACAGCAGAGUGUUACUGCUCUCAGAUAGUUCUCCAUAUUUUAUCCUCUCCUAACAUUUCAAGAACUAGAGCACAUUUCUGGAAGACUGUGAAGAUUUCCCUUAACCCAGAAACAACAAACAUGCCCCAAAGUCUGCCACUUGAUAAUGAAAAUGUGUUUUUCUCUUCCAACAAUGCCAGCAGCAACAAGAAAAUUACCCAGGGCUUCCGUAGUGCAAGUUGUGUGCAUCAGGUUCUUGGUUUGGUUAGUCAUUAAAAUAUUUGUAUGCCACUAUAUAUUACAUUACAUUCCAUCAUUAGUGUGAUUUACAGCAAUAAAGCCUUAAAAACAAUCUUCCCAUUUGCAUUUCCUCCUUUUGCACUUCCUAAAGUAACAGUGUCCAUUGGUUACACGUAAAAUAGUGUAUCCUUAGUACAUAGUCUGACAGUUGUGUAUUUAAAUAUAUGAACGAAAAAUAAGAACGAGAGGAAAUGAACCUGGCAUCACAAAAUGCCGGCUUGUUUUCAAGUUGCUACUGAAUGGAUGAUGAGCCUUCUAGCACACUCAUCUGCAGGAAAAAAUCUCACGCCAGUGCUUUGUGGUAUAUAAAAUACUGCCAUGUUCAGUUUCUGAAGCAGGGUAUUAGUCACUGCUCUAGGAUUAUGCCGGUGGACUGUGCAAUGAGGCUAGAAAGCAAUCUCUGGCUUUCUGACUAUGACAUCUGUGAUCUCCUAUACUGUGUUCAGUGAUGCCUCUAAUACCUCCACUAAAAGCCCAUUCUCUUAUUAUGCUCCUACAAAGGAGGUUUUAGUUAUGCUGGCACUAUUAGGUGGAGAGUCUUAUUGGUCCAUCAGUGUUGGUCUUCUGCCAGCUCCUGAAGAAACACCUGUUUAGGCAAGCAUUCCCCACCCCCCAACCGAACAUGUGAUUUUACCGUUUUCACAGUUUUAAUUAUAUUUUUAAUUAAGGAUGCUUUAAUGUUUUGUGUACUUGAAUUAUGUGUUGACUUUAUAGCUGUAAACUGCUUAGAAGCCAUUUUGGCAUAUGAGUGGUAUAUAAAUUAGUAAAUAAUAAUUACUGCUGCUACAUUUUGCAACACAAUCAGUUGAGUACCUAUCCUCUUAAGAGCUGUGAGAAGCAUAGGCCUAUCUGUUUGGUAUAAUUUAUUAACGUCCAAGUUCUUCCUUGUUUUACUUAGCAAGUGUCCAUAAUAACAAACGAAUAGUAUCAGUGACACCUUAACAAAUAUUCCUAGUCUCUUCCUUUCGGUGGAUUUGUGCUGUUUUAAAUUGCAAAGAGUCCUUCAUGCUUGCAGCCAUUUCGCUUUAUCCCUCCUUCCCAUUUAUUACCUCUGUUCUUCCAAUGUAUGUUAGGUUUUUCUGCAAAGCGAUGGAUCAGCCUGACAAUACAUCAAAGGAUGAAAUCCAUGAAUCACCGCAGGGCAGUGAAGUGGAUUCUCAGAUUGUGGAAGCAGGAAAUACAGUAACAGAGGAUCUUGGUCCUUCCUCUUCAGAGAGUGGAAAAACUAGAACUGCCUUGCUGUCACCCAGGACAACACAGACAAGCUGUUUCAACUGGACUAGAAGCUUUGCAGAUAGGCCUGGAACACCCAGUCCAUUGCAAAGUAUCGCAUUGUUACAGCAGUUUCGCCGACGCACACCCAGCAAAGUCACACCCCAGAGUUGUGAGGUGUCCGGAUCACAAACGCUAAACACCACAGCAAGUAAAGAGUCGGAUGAAGAGUCUUCCCCUUUAAAAGAACUGCAGCGCUCAUCAGAACAGGAGCUUGACAGAGUGUCGCAAAAUAGCCUGGGCACUUCAGAAUAUUCAUGGAUGACCAAGAAAAAUGCUCCUUCUGGCAGAGUAAGAUCACCACCCUGUGCUUCAGUUAAGCAGUUAAUUAAAUUGCCACUUGCCCCUCAAGGGAAUAGUCUACAGCUCUUAUUUAUUCCAAUACAUCUGGCUCUCCACUGUAAAAUGACUUCUGACGAAACUCUUGGUCCCCCUGCCAGUCCGUCUGGCUGUUGUUAUCAACCAGUGUGUCUAACCCUAUGCACCCCACCCCCAUGUGGCUGGAUUUCUACUUUCAUCAACCUCAGCCAUCAGGGCCACUAAUAAGGAGUUGUAGCCCAGCAGCAUUUGGUAGGCCAAAGGUUAGCUCUGCUGUAAACCAAAAUACUGAUUUUACUUUACUAAGGAAGACAAGAGCAACUUACAUUUAUUAUUUUAUCUUUGCCAUUGGGAAUAUCUUCAGUCACUUAACUUUUAAAAACAAGCAUGAGAUUCUCUGUUUAGAUUAUUAUAUACAGUGGUACCUCAGGUUAAGUACUUAAUUCGUUCCGGAGGUCCGUUCUUAACCUGAAACUGUUCUUAACCUGAAGCACCACUUUAGCUAAUGGGGCCUCCUGCUGCCGCCACGCCGCCGGGGCACGAUUUCUGUUCUCAUCCUGAAGCAAAGUUCUUAACCUGAAGCACUAUUUCUGGGUUAGCGGAGUCUGUAACCUGAAGCAUAUGUAACCUGAGGUACCACUGUACAAGCCAACGUUAAAUUAUAUAUAAAAUAACAUUUGCCUUUUUCUCUUUUUUUGUACCAUAGGAACCUGACUGCAGUCCGGAACCAAAAUGUAAUUUGAAUUCCCAAAUCUUUCAGUUCUGUGACUCAUUGUGUACUGAAAAUAAGGAUAUGGAGUUCAAUAGCAAGGUAUGUCUUUUUUUCCUCUUUAGUUUUUUAUGUUCAGUUUUUUUGUUCUUUUCUUUUUUGGUAUGUAAAUACAUACCUGUACAUUGAAAUGCAGCGGGAGCACAGCGGAAGAGAUGGAACAUCACCCCCUGCCCCCUAAUCUCUGUUGGCUCCUUUAAGAAUAGCACAUGUUGGAGAUCAUCUCAUCCAACCUCUAAGAAAUCUGAUUGUCAUAUCUGGCGCUUGGCACUUUUGAGGAACUGCUGGCUAUAUUAUUUAUUAAUGCCUUGGAAAGUUUUAUCCUAUCUGACUCUGGUUUAUAUAUUUUAAAAUAAACAGUAUCAAUUUGUAGGUGUGUAAAUUAUUGCUGUUGCCUAUUUUCACAAUACAUUUUUAAUUGUUAGUUUUUAUUAUACUAAUUGUUUGGAUUGCCAGGUUAUUAGUUAUUAGGCUAUUUGUUGUAAUGAUGCAUUAUAUGUAUUUUGCUGUUGUGUUGUGAACCACUUUGGGCAUAUUUUUUGUGGGAAAGUGGCAUUCAAAUAGAAAUAAUGAGUCUUAUGGGUAAGACCUGGAUUGUAAAUUUUUAGAACUAGGGACCUCUUCUGACAUUUAUUUUAUUUGCACAUACUUCCUACUGCAACUGUUACAGAUCUGAGACUAUCCAUGAUCUUAUUUAUUUUCACACCCUGUGAUGUACUGUAAAUCAGGCUAAGAGUUUACUCAAGGAUUCUGUUUGGACUGUCAGAUUAUGCCUUGAAACGAAUAGUUAUUAGACUGUUUGUUGUAAUGAUGCAUUGAUGUGUAUUUUCGCCCACACGUUCAAAUAAGCCAGUCACACAUAAUGUAUAAAAUUGUGGAACUGUGGUUUGCUCUAACCAAAAUUAAGAUGAACGAGAAUGAACCUGUGGUUUUCAGAUCCUUGGUUAUUCACUAACCUGAGAGUUGCUGCAGUGUAGUAGUUAAGAGACUGAGGUGGGAAUCGGGAAGUCCCUGAUUCAAAUCUAGCCUCUGUCAUGAUUUCACUGGGGGGGGGGGGCAUUAGACAAGCCACUCUCACUCAGCCUUGUAAGGUAAGUCGCCAACAUUGUCCCUCCCCACUGACAAAUCUGCAAUAUUGCGGGGGGUGGGGGAUAAUAAUAUCAACUUACCUUACAAGGUUGUUGUAAGGAUUGCAACUAAAUAAUGCAUGUGAAGUCAUUUGAACACUUAAUAUAUUAAUUAAAAUUAUUCUCUUGUGCAUGAAGGAGGAAGGGAUGGGGAAUACUAGCCUGAACGUCCGCAGCUCGUUUCCAGUAAUCUAAACCCUGGCUGAGUUGUUGGAUUCUCCAGUUUUUCUAGUAUGGCUCCCUCAUUGCAUCAGUCAUCUUUCCCUUUCUUUUGGGAAGACAAUAUAGGCUGUGGAUUCCCUGGUUAAUGAUAGGCUUGAGCUGAGAACAAAAUCUGCAGUUGUUCUUUGUGGUGCAGAUGGAAUUUCAUCACUGGCAAUGACGCCAAAAAGCUCAGAGAAACACCCUUCAUAAUAAAGAAGGCAUGGGAAAGAUUGUGCUGGUUAAUGUAAACAUCUCUGGAUUUUUUGUGUAAUUGAUUGCUUAAAGGAGGAGCUUCUAUACAGGUCUAAUGAGCAUCCUCAAUGACUAGUGUUUACUAGCAAGUUUUAUUUUGUUUUUUAUGAAAAAAAAACCUUUAUAAAACAUGUUACUAAGACUCUAAAUAGCAUUCUGUAUUCUUCAGAAUUAUAGUGACCUCUUGUGGUUAGUGACUUCACUGUGCGGACAGAUUCCUUUUCCUAAAAGUGUGUGUACAGACUUGCUUGCGCAAAAUGCUUUCUUAGAAUCAUGGGAUACUGUCUCUUUUAAUUAGCUUUUUUUAAUGUUGCUUAGCACUGCUUUGUAAGCAGCCCUGAUACCCUGAGAUUUUAGUACAAAUACUACUCUAGCAGAUUAGAAAUAGUAGAAGCUUUAAGGGACAACUGUGUCUGCAGUCUAUAGAUUUCCUAAGCCUGUUUACCUGAGUAUCUUCCUCCAGGAUGAAUUGACUCUUGCCCAGGCCUUAAGAUCAACUCCUCAAGCCGUGUUCUCUGUUCCCUUGUUAUGGGAGAUGUGGUACAGGAAGCUGAACCUUUUGAUGGGGGUACCAAAAUUAGAAUGUCUUCCCUGUGGCAAUCCACCAGGUCCCCUCUCUUCUUUGUGCUUAGCAAACUUUAUUACUGUUGUUUUGCCAUUUCAAAAGUCAUUUACAGGUUCUGUGUGAUUCCCGCAUGCAGAGUCGCAUGUCAGUCGGACAUGUGUAAAUUUAUAUACGCAUAAAUAUAGAUGCCUAUAUAUAAAUGCAUACAGAGAGAGCUAUUUAGAAACGGACAAGUUUUUGCUGGUAGAGAGAUCAGUUGGGAGGGAGGGAUCAGAAUAUAAUGAAGCUCUAGAUUGAGUUUUUGAAUGAAUUGCACUUGGUGGUGCAAUGUGAUCAUUUUACUGACAAAUCAUAAGGACUUCAAUGGAACAGCAGCUGAUAUUUCUCUCCAUCUCCAGGUUCCUGGAUUACUUAAAGCCAGUUCCGCGAAAUCCCACACUGUGACAGAACACAAGAGAUUACUGCCUGCCAAAGUUAGUGGUCUGAGCAAGAAAACAGCCAGUGCAAAGAAGAAAAAACAUCACAAUUCUGAAAAUAAGGCAGGGUUGCAGGUGACAAUUAAUGAACUUUGGAGGACCUUCCAGUUUAAAAGGUGAAUGUUUUUCCUAUACAGUCAUACCUCGGGAUGAAUACACUUCAGGUUAAGCGUUUUCAGGUUGCGCUCCACGGCAACCCGGAAGUAAUGGAAUGGUUUCACCGCUCGCGCAUGUGCAGACGCUCAAAAUGACGUCAUGCGCAGAAGCGGUGAAACGCGACCUGUGCACGCACAGACGUGCAGUCGCGUGUUACGUUCGCUUCAGGAUGUGAACGGGGCUCCGGAACGGAUCCCGUUCGCAUCCAGAGGUACCACUGUAUCUCAAUACGACAGUUUCCUUUUACUAGAUCUUCAUCAACUUUAUUUAAAUAUUGCAUACUGAUGAAGAUGAUAUAUGUUACUAAGCACUUUGUUAGCCUUUGUAAACUGCUUUGUAAUAGGAUCUCAAGUGUUAUAUAAAAGUUGUGAAAUAAAUAAUUUACAAGUGUCUUUCUAGCAAAAUAUUUGCUGUUGCAGCUCUUGAAGUAGGCAUGUUGGCAUCAUCAGACUGCUGAGAUUCAUAAAGGCUACCUAGGCUAGUUCAGACGGCCCAUAGUGGCUGGGUGGUAUAUAAAUAAUGAAACUAGUGUUCGUAUUAGCUGAAGGAGGAAGAUUGAACAAGAAUGUUAUCAAAUAUCAACUAGACCUCAUUCUCAUUCCUCUUCACCUAAGACAAGGAGUAGAUCUUUGGGAUUUUCCUCCUACUUAGCAUAUUAUUCUAGUUGGGUAGAAAUAAACAUUUCCUAGGAAGCAGACUUUGAUCUUCUCUGGCUGUAGAAUAUGUCUCAUACACAACAAAUUUGAUGUCUGCAUUUUUUUAGUUGAUUUAGGACGAAUCUGAUGCGCUGAAUCCAAAAAUCACAUUGGUUUUGCUCAGUCAGGUCAAGUUUUUGAGCUAUGGCCACAUGUGGUUUUUUUACGUUUUUGUUCACAUGUAUGCUUGUGUGGAGCAUUUUAGAAGAAGUUGGUGGGGGUAAAAUGCCAUGUCGAAUAAUUGUUUUGAUUGGAAAUGAUUAUUUUAAUGACAAGAAGUAUUCAGGUCCGAUAGUUCUGGGUGAUUAUGUCGAAAAGGGAUCAGUUUGAAGUCAUAAAACCUCGAAAUCUUCCAUAAAUUGGUGCGGCUAGGAUCAACAGAAAGAACCAGAGCAGCCUCAAGUAUCCUGACCUUCAAUCAGCAUGUCGUCCUGUAGCUCAUUGUGAUGAAAUUCCAGUGCCUAUCUUCGGAGAACUUCCUGACAUUAGUGACGAAGAUGCCUCCAGUGUUGAAGGACAUGAAGAAGAAGAUGAUGCUCCACAUCCAUUUUCCCAAAAGGAGUUGAAUGAUCUAGUUCGCGACCUCAGCUUGUCAAAGGACUCUGCCAAACUGUUGGCAUCCAGAUUGAAGGAAAAAAACCUCCUCUCUGACAGUGUUUGCAUCAGCUUCUUCCGCAACAGGCAUCAAGAGUACCUCCGUUUUUUCUCGGAAGAGAAGGACUUGGUGUACUGUGCAGAUAUUGCGCAGCUUCUGCUCAAGCUUGGAGUGCCACAGUUUGAACCCAAAGAUUGGAGACUGUUCAUUGACAGCAGCAAGCGAUCACUGAAAUGUGUUCUGCUACACAACGGCAACCAGUUUGCCUCUAUACCCCUGGCUCACUCGAGUACACUGAAGGAGAACUAUGAAGCGGUGAAGUAUGUGCUGGAGAAAAUUGGUUAUGAUCAGCAUAAGUGGUUUAUUUGUGUUGACCUAAAGAUGGUGAACUUUUUGUUGGGACAACAGUCUGGCUUCACCAAAGUACCCAUGUUUUCUGUGCAUGUAGGAUAGUAGGGACCGUGCUCAGCAUUACACGAAGAAGGACUGGCCUGUGCAGGAGGAAUUGGUGCCUUGCAAAGAAAGGAACUUCAUCAACGACCCUCUGGUGGACAGAGACAGAAUACUCUUCCCACCGCUGCACAUCAAGCUCGGCUUAAUCAAGCAGUUCACCAAGGCUCUGGACAAGGAUGGUGACUGCUUCACUUACUUGUGCCAAGCUUUUCCAGGAUUGACCAUGGAGAAGUUGAAAGCUGGCAUCUUUGACAGUCCUCAGAUCCGUCAGCUCACCAGAGAUCCAGAGUUCGGAAACUCAAUGAACGAAGUGGAACUGGAAGCGUGGAAGGCAUUUGUUCUGGUAGUGAAGAACUUUCUUGGCAACAAUAAGGCCAGAAACUACGCAGAACUUGUCAACAACAUCCUGACUGCUUUCAGAAACCUGGGCUGCAACAUGAGCGUCAAAAUGCACUACCUAUUUUCACAUAUGGAGCAGUUUCCUGAGAACCUGGGUUCAAUGAGUGACGAGCAGGGGGAGAGAUUCCAUCAGGGCAUGAAAGAGAUGGAGACCAGGUAUCAGGGUCGCUGGGACGCAGUCAUGAUGGCUGACUACUGUUGGACUCUGAAGAGAGACCUCCCUGCCGCUGAGCAUCCCAGGAGUUCCAAGAAACGGAGGUUCAAGCCUUGAAGUUUGAAAAAUGGUGAAGCAACAUGCAAUUUACGUGUACUUACCUUUAUCAAUGCCCACCAUUCAGUUUACAGUAAACCUGACCUGAUGGAGAGAAACGGAUGCCAUUUCCUGAUUCAGCAGUGCAAAAAUACCCUAAAUCACUUGUAGAAAUCUAGACAACAUUCAAAAAGUAAAAAAUUGUUUCCCAGUGUAAUUUUUAAACCAAGUAUAAAAAAAAUUAAUGGACAUUUGGCAGAUUUUAAAUCACUUGCAGCUCCUGUCAUAAUGUCCUAUCAGAGGCUCACAAUGCUAUAAAUACACUUUGAACUAGAUAAAUAGGUACUGUCUGUAAGCACUGGUAGUUAGUAUUUCUGGGCACUAACAGUUUGCUUUCCUUUUGCAGGGAUUCUGAAAGGCUACCGUCCUGUAGAAAACCAGAGCCACUGUCUCCAAUCAAAGAUAACCAAGAUAACAUCCAGCUCACUCCAGAGACAGACGAUGACACUUUAAAUAAACUUGAAUUCAGUCAUGUACAGCGGAAAAUCUUUAAAUGAACUGAUCUUGCAGAUAUGAACAAAACUAUAGCCAUUGACCAACGUAAUGUCCAGGCCAAUUUGCUUCUGGACACCAAAUCAAAAUGAGCAUUUGUAUAUAUUUGGAUGUGAGCUGUAUAUUUUAGUCUUAUCAGAGAUCUUGACCACUUCUGUUUUGAAAGAAGUAAAAUGAACUACAGUGUUUAUAUUUGCUUUAAUAAAAUAAAUUUGGC